AUGAGAUCAGGUCAUACUUACAUGAAAAGCGAUGUAUACAGUUUUGGGGUUGUUCUCCUUGAAAUGUUAUCUGGAAGGCAAGUGAUAGACAGAAACAAGCCACGUGAAGAAGAAAAUUUAGCUGAGUGGGCAAGAAGCAUUAGCAACACCCGCAAUAUUUCCCGAAUUCUGAACCCUGCCAUUUUAGGUGAGCAUUCAGGAAGGAGUGCAUUAAAAGUAGCUCAACUUGCAUGCGAUUGUGUAUCAAAGGCACUAAAGUCUCGCCCAGACAUGAAAGAGGUGGUCCUUAUCUUGGAAAACCUUCAGGAUUGCAAUGAGAAUAAAGUAUGCAAAAGCUCUAAGCAUUACAAAUCAAGCAAUGGUUCUGAUCAUAGCAGGGAAAAACUCAAAUGA